AUGAGGAGACCGUGUCGUGUCCUUGGGGACCCCAUCGUGCCCUCGGGCCGCCAGCAGAUCGUGCGGGUUCUGGGCACCCCCGGCAACAAUCUCCAUGAGAUAGAGACCGCUCAAGGCCAGCGGUUCCUGGUCAACGUGCCCUCCAAAUACCGCAAGAACAUCUGGAUCAAGAGAGGCGACUACCUCAUCGUGGACCCCAUUGAAGAGGGGGAGAAGGUGAAGGCCGAGAUCUCCUUCGUACUCUGCAAGGACCACAUUCGCUCCCUGCAGAAGGACGGACUCUGGUAUGGGGCCCCGGGGACGUCCCUCAGGGCCCUAGGGAGAGCAGACGGGAGGAGGCAGGGGGUCCGGGGGGGACCCCGACUGAAGGACUGA